AUGACACGCAAAGUCUGGUCCUGCAACAACAUGUGCGAGAUUGCUUUGCGCGAUGCGCGCUACACUGAGCUGGCGGAGAUCGCCCAUGUUAUGGCUACAGCAUUUUGGGAAGACAAUCUGUUCGGCCAGCUCAUCCAUCCCCAUCGCGACGAACACCCAGAUGAUGUAGACCUUUACUGGUUGAGGCGAGCACGCGUGAACUUCUGGGACUUUCGCUGGAAAUGGCUGGUUGCAACGACUAAAGACGUCAACGGAAACGAAGUCAUUGCCGGCAUCGCACAGUGGGCCAGACUUGGAGAUGGCGGCCAGAAGAUGGAUUGCUGGUACUUGGAUCCCCGCAAGCGCGCCGAGUCGUGGUAUCUUGAAGCACUGGCGGUAAGGCCAGACUUUCAAGGCCAAGGUGUCGGCUACAAGCUCGUGCAAUGGGGUAUUCAACGAGCUCGGGAAGAAGGCAUCUGCGCGUCAGUUGUGAGCGCCAAGGGGAAAGACGGGUUCUACACCAAGUGUGGCUUCGAUGAACAAUACGGCUCAGCCCGACAGGGCGAAGGAAAUCCUUUGGCUGAAGUAGAGGGCGCAAAUAUGUUCUGGAAGUGGCCAUGA